GGCGUACCGUAGGCAGUCCUUGGUUCCUGCCGAUGAGGCCCGGAAGGCCUGCGAAGCUCCCAGUUUUUUCUAAAGACGCGCUCCGUUUUGCAUCGUUCGCGGCUAUCAUGGCUUAUCAGCUGUACAGAAACACCACGCUGGGAAACAGUCUACAGGAGAGUCUCGAUGAGCUUAUUCAGAGUCAGCAGAUCACCCCGCAACUGGCGCUUCAGGUCCUCCUACAGUUUGACAAAGCCAUUAACACGGCCCUGGCCAAUCGCGUGCGCAACAGGGUCAACUUCCGGGGUUCUUUGAACACCUACCGGUUCUGUGACAAUGUGUGGACAUUUGUACUGAAUGACGUGGAGUUCAGAGAAGUGACUGACCUGGUGAAGGUGGACAAAGUUAAGAUUGUUGCCUGUGAUGGGAAAAACACCGGCUCCAAUGCUGCUGAAUGAAUGGUGGGGCAGAUGUGUGUCUAUCCAAUGAAGAAAAAAGCCAACAGAUUGGACUGUAUAUAUUUAUAAUUUAUUACUGUGAUUUCUGUAUAUAUGCCACCGACGAAGGGAUGAGGGAGACCCCAGACCUGGCAGGACAUUUUAAAUGAGUUUCAUAGCCAGCUACUUUCAGUUAGUUAUUGUUUGAUUUCUUUAAUGCAUUUUUAUUUAUACAUCUGUGGUGUUUUUUUAUGAUAAAACUAAAUGAAUAAAUAAAUUUACCUAUGUGAA